ACGUGACUCCCGUCUACCAUCAUCUCCUGUCUUCUUCUUCUUAUCUCUCAAAUUCCAAAAAUGUACUAACGCCAAUUUUUUACAGUUUCGAUCUCUCCUUCUGACUUCAAAACCCUAAAAACGAUGUUGAUCGGUGGGCGACGGUGGAGUUUCUGAUCGCAAAUCUUCCUCCGUGAGGUACAAUACAAUGACGAGGAAACCGGCGUCGCGUCGCGGCGUCGUGUGGCUCGGGUGGAAGCUCGUUAUCGCUUUCUCCGUCUGCCUAUGCCUUCUCGCUCUCCUCAGGAUCCAGUUACAGUACCGUUCCGUCGCGACAUUGACGCCGCCGCUCUCCGUCGCGGGAAAUGAGAUCGCGCUCCGUGAUUACUACUCCGGCGACCGUCCGAAGGUGGCUUUCCUUUUCUUAGCUCGGCGUGAUCUCCCGCUUGAUUUUCUGUGGGAUAGUUUCUUCAAGGGUGUUGAUCAGGCGAAUUACUCUGUUUAUGUACAUUCGGUACCUGGUUUUGUGUUCAAUGAGGAAACCACGAGAUCAGAGUAUUUCUAUAAUCGACAGUUGAACAAUAGCAUCAAGGUAAUAUGGGGAGAAUCCAGCAUGAUUGCAGCUGAGAGAUUGCUGUUUGCUUCUGCUUUAGAGGAUCACUCAAAUCAAAGAUUUGUUCUUCUCUCUGACAGAUGUGCUCCGUUAUAUGACUUUGGCUAUAUAUACAGAUAUAUUAUCUCGUCACCGAGGAGUUUUGUGGAUAGUUUUCUUCAUACUAAAGAGACACGGUACAGUGUGAAUAUGUCUUCUGUCAUACCUGAAGAGAAAUGGCGUAAAGGUUCCCAGUGGAUAUCUGUGAUCAGAAGUCAUGCAGAGGUCAUUGUUAAUGAUGGUAUCGUAUUCCCAGUUUUUAAGAAAUUUUGCAAGAGAGCUCCACCUUUAGGUUCUCAAGAGGCAUGGUUGUUUUUUAGACAGAACCGGCGCAACUGCAUCCCUGAUGAACACUAUGUGCAAACAUUGCUUACGAUGCGUGGACUAGAGAGUGAAAUGGAACGAAGAACACUGACAUAUACUGUAUGGAACGUUUCGGGUUCAAAGUAUGAAACCCAAACUUGGCAUCCCGUCACUUUCACAUUUGAGAACUCUGGCCCUGGCCAAAUAAAGGAAAUAAAGAAAAUAGACCAUGUCUAUUACGAGACUGAAUCACGAACAGAAUGGUGCAAGGCAGACUCAAAACCCGUCCCAUGCUUUCUCUUUGCAAGGAAAUUCACUGAAGGAGCCGCAAUGCGCCUUGUGAGGGAAGGACUUAUAGGAUCGUCUAAAAACAUAACUUUAUAAGUGAUAUAUUUAACUCAGGAACAGUGUAAGCAAAGUGUUUUAGGUGACAAACUGAGAAAGGGGUGCGUAUCUUCUAGGUCAAGCAACAGAGAGUUCACAUAGAUUAGGUAAUAGCAUUGAUAACAUCACUCAUGAGGUCAAGCAACUACUUUCGAAUUUUGUUUGGUAAACAUUUUCUAUUAAUAUGUCUGAAGAAACGGGCUUUGAUUAAUAUUAUGUCUUACAACAUAUCAUUUCACCAAUAAUAAAACAGCAGUUUUUAUUUGUU